CGUGUCUGAGACUCGAUUGCUCAAGUCUCAAUUCUGCCGAGCUUUUUCUCGAUACCGGCAUCUUCUUUUUUCUCUCUCCCUCUCUCUUGUCUCGCUUUUAUUUCUUUCCUUGAGCUUUUAGAAGAACUCACGGCACAAUGACCGGAGAUCACGGACACCACCAGGUGCAGACUGCCUCUCGACUAAACGAUUCAUACAAACUUAAGCAUAAAGACAAAGAACACAGGCACAAAGACCACAAAAAAGACAAAGAGCGUGAAAGGUCCAAGUACACUAACAGUGAGCACAGAGACUCAUCGGAGAAGAAGCACAAGGACCGCGAGAAAGAGCGCGUGAAACACCGAGAGGACAGCACCGAGAGACACAAAGACAAGAAGAGAGAGAUUAAAUCCCACAGCUCUAACGGGAAGCAUAAGAGGGAGAAGGAGAACGGUUUCGUCAGUCUCAUCAAGAAGGAGGAGGAAGACUUCUUUUACACUCCGAAACCAGAGACAAAGACGGUGAAGAGAGAGCGGGACGAUGACGAAGCCGAGUACAAACCCAAAAAGAUCAAAGUGGAAAAGGAGAAUAAAGUGAAAAAGCGCAAGCAGGAGGAAGACUUCUUGGACUUCGGAGAGGAAUUGGCCAUAAAGCCGAAAAAGAAAUUGAAAGACAAGAAAGACGAAACGGCUGGAGGGAAGAAGAAAGGCAAGAAGGAGCCGGAAGAGAAGUGGAAAUGGUGGGAGGAAGAGCGAUACACAGACGGGUCCAAGUGGAGAUUCCUCGAGCACAAAGGUCCCGUGUUCGCUCCUCCGUACGAGCGACUCCCCGAAAAUGUUCGCUUUUAUUACGACGGAAAGACCAUGAAGCUGAGCGAGUCGGCGGAGGAAGUGGCGACGUUCUUCGCCAAAAUGAUCGACCACGAAUACACAACCAAGGAUAUCUUUAGGAAAAACUUCUUCAAAGACUGGAGGAAGGAAAUGACCUCAGAGGAGAAGUCGAAAAUCUCUGAUCUGAACAAGUGCGACUUCACCGAGAUGAGCGAGUACUUCAAGGCGCAGUCGGAGGCUCGGAAACAGAUGACCAAGGAGGAGAAACAGAAAAUCAAAGAGGAGAACGAGCGGCUGGUGGAGGAGUACGGAUACUGCCUGAUGGACAACCACAAAGAACGCAUCGGAAACUUCCGGAUCGAACCUCCCGGGCUGUUCCGGGGUCGAGGAGACCACCCGAAGAUGGGCAUGCUGAAACGACGCAUUCGCCCCGAGGACAUCAUCAUCAACUGCAGCAAGGACUCGAAACAGCCCAAACCCCCUCCAGGCUCUAGGUGGAAGGAGGUCCGUCACGAUAACAAGGUCACAUGGUUGGCGUCGUGGACGGAGAACAUCCAGGGCUCGAUUAAAUACAUCAUGCUCAACCCCAGUUCACGGAUCAAGGGAGAGAAGGACUGGCAGAAGUACGAGACGGCUCGCAGACUGAAGAAGUGUGUGGAGAAGAUCCGUUCGCAGUACCGCGAAGACUGGAAGAGCAAAGAGAUGCGAAUCCGACAGAGAGCGGUCGCUCUGUACUUUAUCGACAAGCUGGCCCUGAGGGCGGGUAACGAGAAGGAGGAGGGUGAGAGUGCGGACACGGUGGGCUGCUGCUCUCUCAGGGUGGAGCACAUCAACCUGCACCCCGAGAUGGACGGACAGGAGUUUGUGGUGGAGCUCGACUUCCUGGGGAAAGACUCCAUCCGCUACUACAACAAGAUCCCUGUGGAGAAGAGGGUCUUUAAGAACCUGCAGCUGUUCCUGGAGAACAAGCAGCCGGAGGACGACGUCUUCGACAGACUCAAUACGUCCAUUUUAAACAAACAUCUCCAGGAGCUGAUGGACGGAUUAACGGCCAAAGUGUUCCGUACCUACAACGCGUCCAUCACCCUGCAGCAGCAACUCCACCAGCUCACCUGCCCUGACGAUAACGUACCGGCGAAGAUUCUCUCCUAUAACCGAGCGAACCGCGCCGUGGCGAUCCUGUGUAACCACCAGAGGGCGCCACCCAAAACCUUCGAGAAGUCCAUGCAGAACCUGCAGGCCAAAAUCGAUGCGAAGAAGGAGCAGAUCUCUGCAGCCAAGAAAGAGCUGAAGUCGGCCAAAGCAGACGCCAAGGCCAUGCACGACGAGAAAAGCAAAAAGGUAGUGGAGACGAAGAAGAAGGCGGUCCAGAGGCUCUCUGAGCAGCUGAUGAAGCUGGAGGUUCAGGCCACGGACCGCGAGGAGAACAAACAGAUCGCUCUGGGAACGUCCAAGCUCAACUACCUGGACCCGCGCAUCUCCGUCGCCUGGUGUAAGAAGUGGGAAAUCCCCAUCGAAAAGAUCUACAACAAAACGCAGCGGGAGAAGUUCGCCUGGGCGAUCGACAUGGCCGACGACGACUACGAGUUCUAGUGGGCGGAGCUUCAGAGCGCCGACGGUUCACCGUUUUAAACGAGCGUUAGUGUGUUAAUCCACCGUGUGAGGAGAACAGUCAGGAAACCAAACUGGACCAUUUCAAAUCAAAUCACACACACACAUAUACACACACACAACAAAACUGUUCCCUAUACAUCUGAGUCCUAAAGGUGAAAUGGAACCCUGAUGAGCCCCUCUCUCACACACACACUAGGCUUUACUCUUGCGUUCGUGGUUUUUAACGUCUAGUUGGGUCUUGGCGCCGGGGUUUAUCAAUGAAUUCUAUAUUUUAAUAUAAGAAAUAAAUCAGAGCUGUUUUAAGAGGAUCAUCACCAGGAGGGAACUAAACUACAGAAAGUGUGUGUGUGUGUGUGCGCGCGCGCGCAAUUUUAAACUUGAGCAAGAUGUAGAAAUCCAUCACACGGAUCCACGGCACAGGGAUGCACCAAUCCAGUCCCCCCCCAAACUCAUACACACACGUGUUACCUAACCCCCCCCCCCCCCCCCCUUCUCGCAUCGUUUCGUCUCGUUCUGUUUAAUUUUUUUUCCUUUUAAUGAAUUAUAUUUUAUUGUGAAUCUCUGAGCCAGAACUCGACGUGGAUGAAAUGGAAUUUAACUCCAUUCAGUUUUAAAAAUCUUAAUUCUUGAGUUAAUUUUUUUUAAACCCCUUCAAAAAAGAAAAAAAACAUGGUUUUAAACAUUUCUAUAUUACAUUAAUGCAAGGAAUAAUGUAAUAUAGAAAUUACUGUUGUUUUUUUUAUGAUGAAUGAUACAAAAGGUUAAGAAAAUAUUUUUUAAUCAUGGAGUUUAGCUUUUCAAUGCAAUAAACUCCAUACUGUAUUAUAAUUAAAUAUAUAUUAUAUAUAUAUACAGUUACAGUAAUUGAACAUAAAUUAUACAACGCUUUCCUUCUCAUUUUUAGUUCCUAUAUAAUCAAUAAAAUUAAGUUUGUUUUUCCUUUAUAUUUUAAUGUAAAUGUAGUUGUAAGAAAGCGCAGACAAGUAGCAGAUUUUCUUUUCCUUUUUCCUUUUAUUUUUAAAACUUGAAACAAAAAAAAAAUCUUUGUUACACAAUGUUUUUUUUUCUUUUUUUUUUCUGUAAACGCAGCAGUGUUUUCUUAACGCUUUAUUGUGUUUUUAACAAACCUUAACAACAGGGGGAAGAGAAAAUUCUCGGAUAAAAAAAAAAAAAAUCAGUCCAUUAUAUCGGAUUGGUGCAUCUCUACUUUUAGGGUUUUUUUUUUUUUUUUUUCCGAGGGGAAAUAAAAAAAAAUUCUAUAUGUAUUUUAUUUUUUUUUUGUUUCUAUCAGGGAUGUACAUUUUUCUUUCAUUAUUUUUGCGAAUAUGUGAAAAGGGUAGGAGCUCCGUGCGUUAACGCUGACAUCGUAGUGAAUUUUACUUUGUGUUUUAUUUUUCUCUUCUUUUUUUUCUUUAAAAUUGUGCACAAUGAUGAUUUUUAUUUUUUUCCUUGGGCAGUACAGUUACAACACUCUGACUUGAAACAUGGCUGGGUGAGAUGUACGUAUAUAUUUACAUAUAUAUACAGUAUAUAUAAUAUACACACACACACAUGGUGAUAAGCCUAACAUGAAGAACUGGUUUCUCUAUAUAUGUGAGAUGCAAUUUUUCUUUUUUUUUCUUUUUUUUUUUUUGCCAAAUGAUUUAGACAGAUGUGUAUGAUGAACUACAGUGUACAUGCAGAAGAUUCGGGGUCUUCUUUGUAAAGAAUUAGGAACAAAAGUGUCCGAAGUUAACUUUUUAAUGUGAGGCUCUGCACUUAUUUAUAGCUGUUAGAAAGUGUGCUAAAGCUAACUUCAACAUUUUUACCACAUUUAGCCUUAAGCAAUCAUGUGUUUAUUAUUUUUAAAUAUCAAUAUCAGUUUUUUUACAAAUAAUAAAUCAUGCCACUUAUUCUCUCCUUUUGUUUCACAUCCUUGCAUUCAUCCUGACGUCCUGCUUUUGUGUAUUUUCUGUUUUCAGAAUUUAAAUAAACUUUGUAUUGCAA